UGUCAACCAUCACUUCACUUUGUAUUUUGUUGUGUGUUGUGUUUAGAGUUGUCGAAUCGGGGAAAUAAUUUUAACAAAACGAUCAAUCUUUUUACCAAAAUGACCACUGGUAAUAUCACGUCGGCUAUCGAUGCUCUCUCACAGGCCAUACACUGUAAUAUUAUACCGCAACAUGAAUACCUUCUCCAGGGAUCUAUUUUAGAUUCGCAAGUGGAGCAUCUGUUACACCGAUUGAAGGGUCUCUGCGACAAUGUCGAUACUGGACCGGAAUCAUUUCACGAUCAUGAAGUCUGUUUCAGCCUUCGAGCACCGAAUCAAGCGACUCCUACCCUGCUUCUACGAGUGCGUAAGGCCAAUGAUGUGGAUGCACCGUAUCAACUUCGAUACAUUGGCCAGCAAGAAGUGGGCGAUCGAACUCGACCGACGCUGGUGCGAAAUAGUUUGGACAUUGCGUGCACUUCAACAGUGGUUGAGUAUUUGCAAGAGCUGGGCUGUCGCAUCGACUUCGAAUACACGAACCGUGGCUAUAUGUUCCGGAAGGGUCGCAUGAAAAUCACCGUAUCGAAAAUAUUCAAAAUGGGUGGAAUACCCACGAAGCCCGGGGAAAGUUACACGGAACCGAUUUCGCAAAGCUAUCUGGUCGAAUUGUCGGUGCUGGCACCGGGCACGGGGCAGGAUGGCAUUGGUAAAGAUAUGAUGCAAUUUGCCGAACAGCUGAAGCCGUUAGUGCAACUGGAGAAAAUUGACUACAAAAGACUGGGAAACAUACCGUAGAUUCUUAUGUUUGUUGAGUAAUGUUUUGAAUAAA